CACCUACCUUCAUUCUUCACACCCAAAAUUGGGAUUUUUGUAAAUCAAAAAAAAAAAAAAUUAAAGAUUUCAAGAAUGAAUCUUUCAGGUUCUGAGUGCAGUUCUGGGUGCCAAUCUGGCUGGACAACUUAUUUUGAUCAGAAAUCAAAUUCUGAAGAUCAAUACAACAGCAGAUUUCAUGGUGAAGAUCAUAGGGGAAAGAUGGGGUUUUGCAGUGAGGAGGAUGAGGAUUUGUCUAUGGUGUCUGAUGCAUCCUCGGGGCCACCACAUUUUCGCGGUGGCCUCGAGGACGAGGAGGAGGAAGAAGAAGAAGAAGAAGAGUAUUUGUAUAAAGGGAAGCAGAAAAGGAAAAGUACAGAGAUUUGGGGUGAUAAAGAACAGAGGUGUUAUCUUGAUGAUACUGCUAGCUCCCCUGCAUUGAGUUUCCCUUUUAAGGAAAACACAGCUUCCAUGGAGAAUAAUGUUCCUGGUGUCUCUGAUCUUAAGGGUAAAUCUGUUCUUGGGAAGCACUUUGGAUUCUUGAAAUCAUCUAAAAGUGGCAAAGCUGCUUCACUCAAAUCUGGUGGUAUGAAGGGGAGAAAGUAGCAGAGAGAAAUGGCAAAGUUCAUGUUCUCUGUCUCUACUGCUGCACCUGCAGAUGAUGAAUAGAGAAAGAAGAUUUGUUAUUUGUUAUCUUUUUCUUUUUCCCUUUUUUUUAGGUGGGGGUGGAUCAAUGAUCUUGAUCAUGAUCAUGGAUGUAAAUAGAAAAAGGCAUCAGAUUUAUUAUGUAGAUUUUCUUUUUUUGGAGCAACGAGGGAAACUCACAGCCACUAUUCGAGCGUGUGCACCUGAUAAACUCGUCUUGUGGCUAGACCUUAGCUAGUAAACGAUCACAAAGAGAUAAAUUAGUCUGGACUGGCUCAAACUAAGAAGGUAGAUUAAUAGACUGCUCGCUUCGGGAGUAGAACUUGUAUGUGUAUCGUGUUUUUUUAUCUUCUCUCCUUUGAAUAUGUUAAUCCAUCUUUGCUAUUUGUUCCUGUCUAUGUAAUGGGAAACAACCUGAAAACAUAAGAAGAAAAUUUGUGUUUA